UCUUAAGUACCUCACUGGCUGAUCACGACCUGAGUAUGAUGAGACUCUGCUCUGCGCUGCUGUGUGUGACAUUGGCCUGGGGGUUGUACCGUGAAGGUACCACGCAGAGUCAUGAAGGCAAACCCCUUGUGGAGACUUCCCUAAGACUUGAAGCACCCGAUUCUGACACAGGAGACUGGACGGCGGAAUUUGGAGGCAUGAAGGUACAAAUCGAACACAGACAUGCGGACAGAAUUAUUAAGGAAGAUGGUUCUUGGACACUGGAUAUAGCUCGCGCCACGUACGAUAAGGAAGAGGAUACUGACAGACCCAAAGACGAAACCGAUAAAAUCAGUACCACAACCGAAAUACCGAAAUUCACUGGAAUCCCCUUAGAAGAGUAUUCCGGUCUCAGUGAAGCAGAUAAAAUUGCGGACACAGAAAAUGAGAUCCCUGUGGACGAACGCUGGAGCAAAAGAGACCACACAGAAGGCGUCCGUCCUCAGGAUCCGGGCAUCCACCCACUUGAGAUGUUCGAAAUUGUGCCACGUGUCGAGCAGGGCACGAGCUUCGCGGAAGAAAGCUACGAUUCUGAUGAAGUGACCCUCGACCCUGACAACUUUGAAUACUUCAAAGGGGUGGGCUGGUUCAAGCUGGACAACAGGAACUUGCAAUGGCCAGAUGCUCGUGAUGCAUGCGCAGAAGUCGGGGCGCACCUCGCUGUACCCGACACACCACAGCGGGUCACAGUUUUCCUCAAGCUCUUCAAGAGGCAUCCAGACAUCCCGGCUCGUGCCAUUCUUAGGCAACAGGUUUACGUCGGCGUCAGCGACCCGGACCGUAGCAGACAUUUCACAACUGUGCAAGGCAAACCAUUCGCUCCUGAAUUUCCGAUAUGGUUCCGCACUGAACCCGACAACGCGCCUCCAGGAGAAUACUGCGUCACAUUCCACAUCGAGGGCAGAACACGAGACGUACCCUGCUUCUACGAGCUGCCGUUUUUCUGCGAGAAAGACAUUCCUGUCGUCAUAUAGUAUGUGAGGUUUCACACCUCACAUACGAAAACAAGGGUCUGAAAGCUUGUUACAUUCCUACGUCUACAUUUCGCAUCAAAGAGUCUUUGACAAAUCUCUCCUGGGUUCUAUUACGUCAUGAACUUCCUCUACAUCGACACGUUGCUCGAAAAAUAACUUCCUGUUUUAUAGCAGAGGUCCCAGGAAUCUCAGGAUUUAAAAGUCUAAACUAGAAUAAUUCCAUUUUAUAAUAACAGAAUCGUGAUUUGGGAGAAACACCGUUAUUACAAUGUCUUCCUAAACAGCCAAUUUUCUGUAAUGAAGCAGAUAAAGUUUAAGUGUCUAACAUGACUUCGCUAUUAAGAAGAUUGAAACCAACAUAUUUUUACUUUUCUUUCUUUUUAUAUAUAGGUAACUGAGCAUCUAAUAUCUUCGGCGUCGGUUAAGAACUGUGUAUGUAAAAUCAUUAAGAUGGUAUCUUGACAGUGUUUCCAGUGUACAUAAUCCGUGUUUAUCGAUUCAUGUAAUUCAGAUUCAAAUAAAUGCCGACAUUCUGAGGUUUC